AUGUCAACUGCUGGAGAGCCCCAUAGAGUUCAGUCAAUAGCUGGAAAAUGUGUGUCAGUAGUACCUCCACAAUAUGUACAACCGCCAGAAACCCGUCCCACAAAUCUUUCAACCACCACAGGUGAGGUGCCAUCUCUGCCAUCAAUUGAUCUGGGGGAUGAGUGCAUUGCCCGCCUCAGGGAACAGAUAGGAAGAGCCUGCCUAGACUGGGGAGCAUUUCAUGUUGUGAAUCAUCGUGUCCCAAUUGACUUGCUCGAUGAAAUGAGGCACAUGGGUAAAUCAUUCUUUGAGGACUGCAAUAUGGAUCAGAAACUUCAAUAUUCUUGUGAUCCUAAUUUGCCCGCGUCAGAGGGUUAUGGGAGCCGAAUGCUGGUGGCCUCUAACGACACCAUUUUAGACUGGAGAGACUAUUAUGAUCAUCAUACAUUGCCAUUGUCGAGACGUAAUCCUGCUAAAUGGCCUCAUUUCCAGUCAAAUUACAGGCAAGUAGUUGCUCAAUACAGUGAUUGCAUGGAAGUCCUUGCAAAAAGAUUACUGGGUUUGAUCUCGGAAAGUCUUGGUUUGCCAUCCGCUAGCAUUGAAGAGGCCGUUGGAGAAUUCUAUCAGAAUAUUACUGUGAGUUAUUAUCCUCCUUGCCCACAGCCAGACCUUACACUUGGGCUACAAUCCCAUUCAGAUUUCGGUGCCAUCACUCUUCUCAUUCAAGAUGAUGUGGGUGGUCUUCAAAUUAUCAAGGAUGGAGAAUGGCUGACAGUACAUCCUGUGCCUGAUGCAAUUCUGGUUCUCAUAUCUGACCAAACUGAGAUCAUAACCAAUGGAAAGUACAGAAGUUGUGUGCAUCGGGCCAUCACGAACGCGGAAAGGGCAAGACUAUCAGUUGCCACAUUCCAUGAUCCUGCAAAGACUAGGAAGAUAUUCCCAGUUUUCAAGCCGCCUGUAUACCGGGAGGUGAUGUAUGGUGAUUAUGUUUCUUCAUGGUUCUUUUUCUCCCCCAUCAAAGGUGGUGGACUUAUACCAGAAGCCGACUCCUCCAUUGAGGAUGUUCGUAAGUCUGCAAAGAUGAGCAUUCACAUUUAUUUACUUGACUUUGUUCUAUCUGUGAAAGAAUUGAAUGGAUUGUCAACCGUAUUAAAAACUACGAUUGAUUUGAAAAUGAAGAUGGCCUAUCACAAAUGA